ACAGUUCACGUGAAUUGCGUGUCUUUCGAGUGGGAGGAAACCAGAAGUAACCCAUGAAUACAGGGGAAAAACGCACAAAAAAUCUACACAGACCGAGCCGGAUUCGAAACGAAACCCGGUCGAAGAGUGAGGAACAGCGCUACGACUAUCGCGCUAUCCCUCCGCUCGGAUCGGCGCCAGAACGCGCAUGCGCUGUGGUAUCCGCUAUUCCCCCGGGAGAGAGACGUCGUGAGCGCACACCUGAGAGUUUGACUGGCUUUAAAGCCAUACGAGCCAAGUUUCAGGAGGAGAUCGCCAAGAACCAGGGCAGAAACAAGCCUACUGUUCCUGACAAGCCGAAGCAAGUUCCACCUGCUGGACCGCCAUCUUCACUUCUGAGUGCUGUUAAUGUGAUCUCUGACAACAGGCCAGCAGUUAUGCCAUGUGUUGUCUUCAAAGACCCCAAGACAGGCCCAGCAUUUAAGCGACCCAUCUCCCAACCUCUCCCACUGCCGCCCUGCACACCUCCCCUCUUCACUGGAGAUGAAAACGCACGGUGCUCCUUCAGAGAUAAGCGAUUGUCACUCGUGUUGCCGGUGCAGCCAAAACAACACAAACCUCAACAACCUGUGUCAUUUAGUGGUUUCUCCCAAUCUGACAUGCCUCAAAAAGAGGCAUUUCCUUUCAAAUUAGCAUCUCCAGAACCCAUGAAAGAAAAUGCCUUCACUACUUUGGCUGAUAACCCAGUUGGGGAGAAUUUUGGGGAAGAGAGCAUGGUUGCUCCUCUUCAGCUGUAUUCAAAUACUGAGUCCCCAUCUCAGAGCCCAGAUGCACUAGCCACUCUUUCCUUAGCUGAAGAAGCACGCAGUGGAUCUCUGUGGAACAUAGCCAUGCCAUGCAAUUUUAACACUCUUCAAACCAGUGAGAGAGAGCAUGUACCUAGUUCUUUAUUGCUGUCCACCAGUUCAAAGAGCAAGUCAGCUGCUUAUGAAGAGCAACAUCCUGCAGUGCAUGCCAAUAAACUGUCCUCCAAGUGCUCCCCCACAGAUGACAAAAUGAAGGAAGAAUUUCUUCAGAAAUCCUCUAGCGACCUUAAGUCCACCAGUGUGUCUGCAUUAGCGGCCAAGAUCAAUGGCAGUACUCACCGAAAGAUUAUAGAAACCUUGGAGGAGAUCAUGGGCUCUGGAGCAAAGGUUUUGCAGCCAAGGUUUCAGACUGAAACUUUGCCACCUAAAGUACCUCUUCCAAGUCUACAGUCUCUUGGUCCCAAGCUGCAGAAGCCUCCAAGACCCCCAUUUGUGGAUCUCUCUUCUUACUGGACCACAAUGGCAAAAGCUCAUGGUGAAAGGGGCCUCAUUGGAGCACCUCAGAAUCUGGCUGCUGAGCAUCCACAGCUUCAAAGUGCAGAACCUAUGGUUGGAGAUCUACGAAACUCAGAAUUUCCAGACACAAGUGCUUCAGACUUGAAUGCAACAGAAAUCAAGGGUCUUUAUCCUGGACACCAGCCCCUUAGUUCUGUAGAGCCUGAAGCUCAGGAGCCUAAGGUCUCAAUUCUUCAGGCUCUGGGGUUAUGGAGCAGGGCUCUGGAUUCUGAAGUUGCAGAAUUUAUAGAACCUGGAGCAUCAGCUUCCGAGGCAUCUCAAAUUCCAUGUCCUGCUCCUGUAACUGAAUCUCUUGCAAAUAGAGAACCUAAGCAGCCAGCAAGACUCAACUAUGAUACCACUGACAAUCUUUAUGAAGAUGUUGAGAAUGUCAGGAAGCUUCACCGUGGUCAUCACACGUGGAAGCGCAAAAGCAUUCCAAAAAAUCCAUAUGCUGAUUCCCAGGUAAUGAAUGAAGAUGGGCGCAAGAGUGCAUGGUUUCAUAAUCCAUGGUUUGGUAUGACUGGGGAACUCCAUAGUCUGUCAUACUCACAUGGAGAUGGCCAUGGUCGAAAGGUAAGCCCUGAGGACCAUGAGGACAAAGAGCUCAAGAAGAGAGAGAAGCAUCGUCUGGAACGAGAGAAAAAGGAGCAAAAAGAGAGGGAGAAGAAGGAGCAGGAAAUGAAAAAGAAAUUCAAGAUAACUGGGGAAGAGGAGCCUAUGUAUCAGGCUAAGGUGACUGUGGCCAGCAAGGGUCGCAAAGGAGACCUGCCUGUGCAGACUGGGGAUGUGGUUAGCAUCAUCCGUACCACCGACUGCCCCAAAGGGAAGUGGCUGGCACGGGAUAGCAACAAUAGAUAUGGCUAUGUCCCUGUGAUGAAUGUAGAGCUGGACAUCAAGGAGAUGCUGGAGCUGGGAAAGAAGGCAAGCCAGGCAGCAUGUCGUGGCACCAUGGAGGGAGAUUAUGUCAGCGACGGCAGCAGAUCUUCUAACCAGUGGCCUGUUCUGACUAGCAGCUUUACAGACAGUGAGGAAUGGACAUGCGAUGAUGAAGAAAGCGUUUCCUCACCCUCGGAUGCACGAGGUCAUAUCCAAACACUGUUGAUGCCUGAAACAUCCUUCACAAAUGGAAAUGCUCAACUUGCUUUCAGUGACAUCAGCUCAGAGGACAGUAGCAUGCUUGCAAGACACGAAGCACUCCAGAAACUUGCCAGCUUCUUUGAGCAACAGCAAGAAACUGGCGAUACAACAGAAAAUGAAGACAUUAACCUAAAAACUGAAGAACAAUUUGAGUUUUUCUGUUCGGUAGAGGAACAAAUGUGUCUUCAGCAGGAAGAUGAUUUCCAGGUAUCGGACCUGAUGAUCCUGCCCCCACCGGAGCCAUAUGCAGAUAGAGGAUGACUGGCUGAAUGGCUGCAGUCCCAGUCACACCUACUGGUGGAGAUGAAUGAACCUUAAUGGACUCGGUCUUGUAUGUGCAAAUACAUCUGUCACGGCGAGGGAGUAAGACUAACAUCAUGAUUUGGAGUUCUGACCAUCUGCAUUUCAGAAAAUUCCCCAGGACUGUUUUCAGAAUUAAAUCUUGCCAUUGAUUUUGUAGGUGUUUAAUCAGGCAAAGUAAAAAACAGUGGGAAGUGACUGUCAGUCAGCUUCAGUCACUCUGUCUUAACAAAGCAACUUCAGCAGCCAAAAAAGCAAAUGUUCUAAAAAGGUAAACCAUUAGCAUAAGUGCAGUACGAUGAUUGAGUUGCAGCAUAAAAUGGUUUUGUAUACUGAAACUGAACGAGCUCUUACGAACACAAUUCACUUAAUUUCGAACUGGUAUUUCUAUGUCUGGUUUUUCAGUAAGUAGUAACCCAUGACAGUCAUUUUUGGCAUCUGCUAUUGUGAUGUGGUGAAAAAUAUGAGCGAGUAUUAGUUUGGUAAAAUAGGGGUAUACUAUCCUAAGCACAGCAAAGGUCUGUUAGCCUUCAAACAUGCCAUGCACAUAUUUAGAAAGGUCGCUGUAUCAUGUUCUAUUGUUAUGCAAAAUUGCCAAGAAUCUGCAUGUUUAUUUUUGGUAGUUCAUUUAUUCUGUUCCAAGUGUUUCAAAAUGCUGAGGUUUUUCUAAAUUCAUUGUGAAUUUUUUUUUUUUUUUUUUUUUGUUUUUUGUUUUUUGUUAGGACCUGGGAUGAAGUUUAGUGCACAGGAAAACUUUUUUUUUCCACAUUUUUUCCCUCCCUCGAUGUAGAAUAUCUUUUCUUUUGCAAUCAAUAAACUCAUUUAAAUGGAGCCUACUCCUCUCAGUGUGAAUGGCCUGCACACCACAAUACAUUACAUAUGUCUAUACAGUGUCAUGGCUGGUAGACUUGCUUUUCAUUACUUUGUAUUGCAGGCCAAAAGAUUUUACCCACCCUUAAUAGAGCAGCAAGAAAUUAAAUAUUUACAAUUGCCACAUUUUUCAAUAAGGAUCCAGACUUCCACCAUAAAGUGUACACCUAAGGGAAACUGUAAUGCUUGCUUUACUUACUUGCUGUAAUUAUGUUUCUAUGUUAGAGAUGAAUUAGAUUGUUAGGAGUUUAAGUGAAUGCCCAGCUUUUUUUUUUUUUUUGG